UUUAUUUUUUUUUUUUCAUCAUAAAAAUAAUUUAAGGUUUUAUGAGACAAUACAAGAAAUGCCUCAUAAUAUUAACAAUAAAUUAGUAAAAAAUAUUAACAAAAAUAAUAUUUCGAAAAUACAUUUAUCAAUUGUAAUUUAUCAUCACAAAAAUUUCAUCAAAUUGUUGAUUAAUUGCCGGAAUUUUUUCUUUCAAUUUGGUAAUACCACGUCAGUUAAACUUUGUGGUCAAUUGGGUUUGUCGACAGACAGUCACUGUCAACAACUUUAACGUCAGAAUAUUAGUAUUAAAAUAGUGAAUUAUUAUUUUUUUAUAUCUAUCAUAAUUUAAUUAUUAUUUGACACAUUUAUUAGUUAAAUAAUUGGUUAAUUUAUUAAUUAAGCUGUGAAUUUUCGUGUUUAACAUGACGUUUUUUAUAGAAUAGAAUGAAGCUCUGUUGUAUUUAUUGGAUUCUUCUCCUUAUCUCUUUUACAUCAAGCUGUUUAUUAUUUUUAAUUGUUGCAUCUGAAAGCACAAAUGAAAAUUUAGUUAAAAAAAUUGAUGAUAAAUCAGUUACUAGUAAUGUGACAAUAAUUGAAAAAUUAAAUAAUCAUGGAGAAAAUAUUGAGGAUAAUUUUCAAUAUGAAAUUCAACCAGAAAUAUCAGAGAUAACAACAGAAGUACCAAAAAAUUCACAGGAAAAUGGAUAUGGAUGCUCUGAUAAUCCAAAUGAAAAUGAGGAAAAUUUAUCUUCAAAUAUUUUCGAAGAGAGUCUUACGCAACAGCCAAAUUUAUCUCAAGGUAUAUCCGAGACUGGCCAAGCAGUUGUGCUGACUCUUGUUGAUACAGCAUCAGCAGAACUUCAAAAUUUAGCUGAACCACAUUUAUCAUCAUCAGAUGUACAUCUAAAAACAGCUAAAAAUUUAUCAAUUACAUUAUCAAAUUCAAUUGAAACUAAUACAGAUACACUAGUCUCACAAUUACCUCAUACAACAUCAACAAUUUAUUUAUCAAAUGAAAAUACUAAUAAUGAUACAGAUAUUAAAAAUAAUAAUUUAUUAAAUGAAAAUAUCAUUGAUAAAUCUAAAAAUGAUGAUAAAAAUUAUAUUAAUGAUAAUUUAAAUAAUGAAAAAAAUAUAAAAACAACAGAAAAUAUACAAAUACCAUCAUCAAUUGAAUUUGAUGAUACAAAAUUUAUCAAUAAUAAUGAUGACAAUGGUGUUGGUGUUGGUGGUGUUGGUACUGGUGGUAGUGGUAGUGUUAUUAUUGAUGGAAUUGUUAAUAAAGUUGGUACAGAUAAUCAUGAAGAUAUACCAUCAUUUAGUGAAUGGGCACAAAAACGUCUUGAAGAAGCUGAAAAAAAAAAAAAUCAUCAAAAUGCAUCAAUACAAAAUACAAGUAAUAAUUCAAAAAAUAUUGGUAAUUUAAAAGUUAGAUCUAAAAAUUAUGCAUCACCAGAUUGUGGUGCUAAAAUUGUUGCUGUUAAUCCAGAAUCAAGAAGUGCUAGAAGUGUACUUGUAUCAACACGUGAUGAAUAUAUGUUAAAUACAUGUACAACACGUGUAUGGUUUGUUGUUGAAUUAUGUGAAGCAAUACAAGCUAAAAAAAUUGAAAUUGCAAAUUUUGAAUUAUUUAGUUCAUCACCAAAAGAUUUUUCAGUAUUUGUUAGUGAUCGUUUUACAACACGUGAUUGGAGUUUAGUUGGACAAUUUACAGCUCAAGAUGAACGUGAUAUACAAUCAUUUACAUUAAAACCACAUUUAUUUGGUAAAUUUAUUAAAAUUGAAUUACAUUCACAUUAUGGUAGUGAACAUUUUUGUCCAAUAUCAUUAUUUCGUGCUUAUGGUACAUCAGAAUUUGAAGUAUUAGAAACAGAAACUGAAGUACAAGAAAUAAUUGAUAAUGAUAAUAUUAAUAAUAGUAAUAUUGAUAAUGAUGAUGAUGAUGAUGAUGAUGAAGAAAUAUUUGAUAAUAAUGGUAAUGAUUCAUCAAGAAAUUUAUUUGGUAGUGCUAGAGAUGCUGUUAUUAGAAUUGUUAAAAAAGCUGCUGGAGUAUUAGUUAAAAAUGAUAAUGGUGAUAAUAAAACAUUUAAUCAAAUUAAUAAUGAUAAUAUUAAUAAUAAUAGUAGUAAUAUUAAGGUAUUAUUUAACAAUUGUAUAACACCAAAAUAUAAUAUUAUUUGUAAUAAUUGUACAGAUAAUAUAUUUGAUAAAAUUUAUCAAUUAAUAAGUUGUCGUAUUAAUUAUUUAAAUGAAAUUAUUAAUAUACCACUUGUGAAUAAUACACUUUACAAUACUGAUGUAUGUUAUAAUUAUGGUAUUAAUAAUACAUUAUUAAUUAAUAAUUUUGAUAAUACAAAAAAAUUGUUAUUUUUAAAAGCUAUUUAUUCAAAUGAAUAUAUUAUUUCUUUGUGUAAUUUAUUGGCAAUGAAAAACAAUGUAUUGUUAGUAAAUUUAACUAAUGAAAAAAUUAUUGAAAAGCCUAAUGUAACAUUGUCAUUAUCAGCAUCAUCAUCAUCAGCAUCAGCAUCAGCAUCGUUGCCAUCGUUAUCAUUGCCAGCGUUGGUUAAUAAUGUUGAUAGCUCAAAUAAAAUUACAGAAAGUAUAAUAACACAAGCAACAAUUGAUUGUAAUACUGAAAAAGAUUCUUUAAAUUGUCGUCAGUCAACUGUUGCAUCAUUAUCAUCAUCAGCAUCAGCAUCAUCAUCUUCGUCAUCGUCGUCGUCCUUAUCGUCGUCGUCGUCGUCAUCAAAAGAUUCAAAUGUUAUACAAUCAGAUGCAUCAGUAGCUGAUGUUCCUGAUGUAAACACAGGCCUAAUAAAAGAUAGUAAAAAUAUUGAAAAUACAGCAUCAACAAUAAUCAUUGGUACACAAAUAAAACCAUCAAAAACAUUAACUAAAAAUGAUUAUAAACGUGAAUCAUCAAUUCCAAAUUUAGAACCAAGUAAAGAUAUAGUUGAUGAAAUUUUACAAGAUAAUGUAUUAACAACAACACCAUCACCAUUUCCAUCAAAUUCAGCAACAGUAAAUCAAAAAAUAAUUGAAGAGUCAACAAUAUAUGGUACACAAACAGAUACAAUAACACAAUCAACAUCACAAAUAUCAUCACAAAAUGUUAUUGAUACCAAUAAUUAUGAUAAUACAAUUAUUGAUUUAAAUAUUAAAUCAGAUGAUAGUAAUCAACAAGUUAAACAAGAUGAUAAAAAAGAAAAAUUAAAAGAUACCGAUGAUAGUAAUAUUAAUUCACAUGAAAAUUUAAAUGAUGAUACAUUAUUAUCUGAUUUACGUGAAUUUGAAAAUAGUGAUACAUUAAUUAAUAAUCCAUCAAUAAUAACACAACAACAACAACAACAACAACAACAACAACAACAACCAACAGCAAGUACACCACAACAAAAAGAAUCAGUUUUUUUAAGAUUAUCAAAUAGAAUAAAAGCACUUGAAAGAAAUAUGUCAUUAAGUGGACAAUAUUUAGAAGAAUUAAGUAAACGUUAUAAAAAACAAGUUGAAGAAAUGCAAAAAACAUUUGAAAGAACAACAAUAACAAUGAAUGAAGAAUUUAAAAAAAAUGAAGAAAGAGAUAAUAAAAAAAUUGAUGAAAUAAUUAUAUUAAAAAAACAAUUAUCAUUAUUAAGUGAUACAAUUGAAUUAAUUAUAAAUGAACAUAAUAGUUGGAGUAAUAAAUUAUCAACAUUUGGACAACAUAUUGUAUUUAUAUUUAUUGAAAUAAUAAUACUUGUAUUAAUAAUAACAUAUUGUCGUAAAACAAAUAAUAAUUUUGAUGAUAUUAAAACAAAAAAAAUAAUUAAAAAUACUACAAUAAACAGUAAUAAUUGUCAUUUAAAUAGCAAAGAUAAAACAAGAAGAAAAAGUACUGAAUCAUCAAUAUGUAGUAAUAAUAAUAAAGAAAUAAAAAAACGUCGACCAUCAGAAAUUGCAUCACGUAUUAGUGGUAAUUAUCGUGAUUUAAUGAUUGAUACAAAUACUGAAAUGAAAAAUGAUAAAAAAAGAAAAAAAAAAAGAGAAUCAUUAAUGAGGCUAGGCUCAAAUAUUGAAACAAAAAGAGAUAAUAUUGAUAUUUAUUUACCAUCAAGAAGAUCAUUGUCUGUUGAUACACAUAAUUAUCGUGAUAAAAUUGAUGAACAAUUAUUUGAAAAAUCAGAUUCAGCACCAGAUUGUCAACACAAUAUUAAUGAUAAUUAUAAAAUUAAUGAUAAUGUUAAUAAAAAUUUUAUAUUAAUUGAUGAAAUUGAUCAUUCAAAUAAUUUGAUAAUUGAUAAUUUGAUUGAUCAAUUUUAUGACGAUUCAAAAGAUACUAUUGAUGAUAAUGAUGGGAUUAAAAAUACACAACGUGGUUUAAGUAUAUUAAAAAAUACAAAAUUACGUUCGUCAUUUAUGAAAACAGCAUUGAGAUCAAGAAGUAAACGAAAUGAUAAAUCAAGUGAUAAUUCAAAUUUACCAUCGUCAAAAAAUAAAUUAGAUAAAUGGGAAAGUCAUUCGAAAAGUUCAAUUGGUUCAAGAUCUGAUCAUGAUAGUAGUUCAUUUAAUUUAAAUAAUUCAAUUGAUUUAUCAUUAAUAAAUAACAGUCAAAAUGGUAAUUAUAAUAAUGGUGUUUCUGAAGACUCUGAGUGUUCAAGUACAACACCAAUUAAUGGAAAAAAAAUUAAAAAAGAAAGUGGACUCAGAAAAAUGGUUAGAAAAUUUUUUUGAUUAUCAAAUUUAAUAAUAUUGUUGAAAUUACAUUAAUAAAAUGACUGGAAUGAAUUGAAAUUAUUGUAAAUUUUUACUUUUGCAAUUGUAAAAAUAGAAAAAAACAUUUAAUAGAAUUUUUUUUUUUUUCGAAAUAUCACAAUGAGAUGAAAAAUGAAAAAAAAAUUAUAAUAAAAAAUAUUUGUAGUUAUUAAAUUAGAUAGGAAUUAAAUUGUCUUCAUCAGAUAGAAAAAAAAAUAAAAACUGUUUUUAAAUAAUUUAAAAUUAUUUACCAAAGAAAUGCAAAAGUAGAAAAUUAAUUUAUAAAAAUAAACCAUGAUUGAAUUUCUAUGAGUUUAUUUCGAGAGAAAAAAAAAAUUGUCGACAUUGAUGAAAUUUUUGACGAGGUACUUUUAUUUAUUUAUUUUUUUAUUGUCUUCCCCAGCACAAUUGUAUUUUUAUUUUUUACAUAUUUAUUUACGAAAAAAAAAAAAGGCUUUUCUUCUCUUCCUUAGUCUCGAGUGACAAGUGCCUCGUCAAAUAUUAUCUAAAUAAAUGAAAAAUUGUUUUAAAUAAAUAAAAGAGACAAAAUGAAAAAAAUUGUUUUGAAUUUUUUAUUGUUGAUAAUGGUUUU